UGGAUUGCAAGUUGCAACAGCCUCUUUAUCAGAUAGAGAAUAAAUAAGGUAACUCGGAUAAAGAUGGCGUUACAGCAAGCUGUAUGGAACCAGCAACUCUGUCUUGUGAUUGGUUUAUAAAAUGGUAGUGAAAGAUGGCAGAUGACAGCGGAAACGGUUGCCGAAGACAAAAGCUUGAUGAGCAUUACAAUUUAGUUGUCACCCAGUUGCUCAAAUACCAAAGUGCUACUAUUGGAUUGUUUCCUCUCCACACAUCAGGGAAAGAUAAAGAGGCACAUAUAAGAGAUAAUAUUUAUUGUGCUAUCUCGAUAUGGGGAUUGUCUUUAGCAUACAGACACAUCGAUGAUGACCAGGGCAGAACCCAUGCCUUAGAACAAAGUACUGUUAAGUGCAUGAGGGGAAUCCUGUUCUGUUAUAUGAGACAAUGCAACAAAGUGGAACAAUUCAAAAAAGAUCAAAGAUGGAGAAACACUCUUCAUGCGAAAUUCCAUUGUGCAACUGGAGACGAGGUUGUCACUGAUAAUGAAUAUAAUCAUUUUCAGAUCGACAUCAUAUCCUUGUUUUUGUUGACGUUGGCCCAGAUGACUGUCUCGGGUCUGUUUAUAAUUUUCACUACAGAUGAAGUUAACUUUAUUCAGAACCUUGUUUAUUAUGUCGAGCGAACAUACAGAACUGCAGAUUAUGGAAUUUGGGAGCGAGGAACCAGGUACAAUGAUGGAUCGAGAGAACUCUCAGCCAGUUCGAUUGGAAUGGCAAGAGCAGCAUUGGAGGCUGUCAAUGGACUGAACCUAUAUGGUGCGAAGGGAACUUCCUGGUCCGUGCUUUAUACCGAUCCUGAUGCCCAUAACAGAAAUACUAGCAUUUUGAAUACACUAUUGCCAAGGGAAUCAAGGUCCAAGGAAACCGACGCAGCUUUGCUUUGCACCCUGGGAUACCCAGCAUUUGCUGUUGUUGAUGAGAAACUACACAAGGAAACAAAAGAACGUCUUUUCAACACUUUAAAGGGCGAAUACGGGUUAAAACGGUUUUUGAGAGAUGGCUAUGGGACAUCAGUUGAGCCGAAGGACAGGCGGCAUUAUGACCGCUCUAUACUUAAGAACUUCGAUGGCAUCGAAGCAGAGUGGCCUAUUUUCUAUGUAUACCUCGCUCUUGAAGCCUAUUUCCUUGGCGACCAAGAAGAUGCGGUAAAAUAUAUGAAAAAGGUGGAAAGCCUGCUUGUGACCCUAAAACAGCCAAAAACCGACACAGAUGAUAGCACCAACGCGAAGAAGAAUAAACCCGAAGAGAAAGUUCUGCCAAAGUAUUACUAUGUUCCCCAAGAAUACAUACAACAAGAGAAGGGCAAACCUGGCUCCGUGGAACGCAUUCCCGACACCGACCAAGAAGUGUUUCUCUGGGGACAUUCUCUGUAUUUGCUUGCUAAAUUGCUUGUUGAUGGUUUGGUAACUACGAGUGAAAUAGACCCUCUCAACAGGCAUUUAUUUGAGAAGGCAGCUAAAAUGAAGUCAAUUUCAGUUCACUACCGUUAUUCUUUAUUUGAGAACUCAGGAGAGGAUCUAGUUAUUCAAGUUUGUCUCAUAUCAGAAAACAGAAAUUUGAAGUCUUCACUUGCCACCUACGGUGUCGUUACUCAAACCACGAAAGAAGUUGAGCCAAUCCAGAUAUGUGCUCCGAGUCAUCUGGUCAAGAUUUAUGAAAGACUUGGUGUGAACAAGAAAUUAGCAUUAUCAGGACGACCAAAUCGUCCCAUCGGCGUGCUUGGCACUAGCAAGAUAUAUCGCGUGCUUGGUAAAACUGUGGCAACCUACCCGAUAUUGCUGGACGAAUCGGAUUUCUACAUGUCAUUGGAUAUGUCCUUACUAAUCGAUGGCAUUAAGACUAUUCUGGCGUUCAUUCGAAAACGUUGGAACAUGCAGGGCAGGCCAACACUUUGUAUUAUUCUGCGUGAUCAUAACUUCAGAGGAUCUCACUUCAAAGAAAUGUUAGAUUUUAUGGCUGCUCUUAAGAAUGGGAAUGUGAACGGUAUCAGAGUUUUACUUGGGCGUCUUCAGACAUUUGUUUCUACGGCUUGCGUUGAACAUUUGGACUUCAUAAGAACGAAAUCAGAUGACAAUCCAUUGGAUAUUCGAUCGGAAGAUCUGUUUCGGCCAAGUGAGACCCUACAGCCAUCCAUCGGGUUCAAAUCGGUUUACAACCCGGACUUGCGGGGAGAAAUUGAUCUAGAACGCGAUGAAGAAGACAGCGCCAACUACGACCACAAAUCAACGGAAGAUAUCGUUGAGCUCUAUCAAAGAACGACAAGUCUCAGAGCAAAAGUCGACCUUCUGCAUAAGUUGCUGUCAAGGCACGACUACCAUUUUAAAGUAAUGGGAAGAUCAAUUUUGGACGAAAUAGACGAGAUCUACAGACAGGCGUCAUACUUGAAGUUAUGGUCAGUUGUGCGGUAUUCAGCUGCAUUGCUUGGCAAAGUUGUGGACAGUCUUGCCCCUGCUAUUACGACGAUGCUUGUCAGUGGACGACAGGUUACGAUUGGAAUUUUUGGACAGAACGAGCAUAUCAUUUCUGAACCAAUGACCCCAGCCUCUAUACAGAGUGUCAUAUACUCAACUUGCAAGCCCCAUAAUGCAAGAGAGGCUGUUCUUCAACAAGAGAUGUUGAUAUACCUAAGUGAUCUGCUCAGCACGAAACCUGAGCUGUUUACAGGCAUGCUUCGUUUAAGAGUUGGUUGGAUAAUACAAGCAAUAAAAAACCAGCUCUCCCUCUGCACUGAAGAUGAAUGGGGACAAAAGCCGGGGUCGAUAUACAGUCUGCCACCGAGUGCGAUUAAGCAGCUCCUGAAAAGUCUUCUGAACAAAAAAGGAAAUGUUCUAUUUUGGGAUGUCACUCCAAGGAGUUGGCUACAGAUGAGGCAGUUAGAGGGAGCUUUGAAUCGUGUUCCGUCCCAUUUCUACUCCAGCGUGUGGACUAUUCUUGAAUGUGUACCCGGUGGCUUGCGACUUGGCUCUCAUUAUUUGCCGCAGCAGCCAACAUUGUCUGAGAUGACUGCCAAUGAGGUGGAUUUUUCAUUGCGUGUUGAAGAGAUGUUGUCGACAAUAAAGCACCCUGAAUUCAGGCAAUCUAUUGUUGAGCUUUUGACUGUUAUCGCGACAAUAUUAGAAAGAAACCCAGAACUUGAAGUUCGACAGUGUAUUGAUCUCGAUGAGAUCCACAGUGAAGCAGUCAGACUUUUCAAGAAUGACCCAACCUCAGAGGAAGCAAGUGAAUCAGCAUUCUAUAACUUGGGACAGGCAGAAAAUUCCGGAACAAUGGCUUAUUACGCACGUGCGAUCGUAAACAAACUGCUUGAAAAAUCUGUAUCAUUUCGCCCAGAGAAUGCUUGCUCCAUUUCCUAAAUGUAUGGACACAGUAUUUGUUUUAUAUGAGUAUAUUUGUGUAAGAAUUGUGCAUUGAUGAUAAUACCACAUUACGCAUGCAUUUACGCUUUCAACGACAA